AUGGAUGAGGAGAAAGAGAUAUCUACAUUGCCUCACUUCAGGUGUACUGAAAGCUGUCACCCUGGACACAAGAAGGUUGUUCAAGAAGGAGAGCCGGUUUGCUGCUAUGCUUGUGCUCCGUGUGCAGAAGGGACCAUCUCCACUCAGAAAGAUGCAGACCACUGCAUGAAAUGUCCAGAUGAUCAACAUCCAAACAUGGAGCAAGAUCAAUGUGUCCCCAAGACUACCAGCUUCCUGACUUAUGAAGAACUUCUGGGGAUCAUCUUAGUUUCCACUUCCCUAUUUUUGUCCUUAACCACAGGCUUUGUUUUAGGAAUUUUCAUUAAAUUCCUAGAAACCCCCAUAGUCAAAGCCAAUAACCGAGAUCUCUCCUUCAUCCUCCUUGUCUCCCUCCUGCUCUCCUUUCUGUCCUCCUUCCUGUUCAUUGGCCGGCCAAGGAAAGUGACCUGCCUUCUCCGACAAAUGGCCUUCAGCAUCAUCUUCUCAGUUGCUGUCUCUUCUGUCUUGGCAAAAACCAUCACUGUGGUGCUGGCCUUCCUAGCCACAAAGCCAGGGAACAAAGUGAGGAGAUGGCUGGGAAAGAGUCUGGCCAACACCAUUGUCAUUUCCUGCACCAGUGUCCAAAUAGUCAUCUGCACCAUCUGGCUGGGGAUCUCUCCCCCAAUCCCUGAAUCUGAUAUGCAUUCUCAGGCUAGAGAGAUUAUCCUGCAAUGCAGCGAAGGGUCGGUCGCCAUGUUUUACAGUGCCCUUGGCUACAUGGGCUUCCUGGCUGCCAUCUGCUUCACGGUGGCUUUCCUCGCCAGGAAGCUGCCUGGGGCCUUCAAUGAAGCCAAGCUGAUCACCUUCAGCAUGCUGGUCUUCUGCAGUGUUUGGGUGUCCUUUGUGCCCACCUACCUGAGCACAAAGGGGAAAUACAUGGUAGCCGUGCAGGUCUUCUCUAUUUUGGCCUCCAGUGCUGGGCUUCUGGUCUGCAUUUUUGUUCCCAAAUGCUACAUUAUUGUCCUCAGGCCUGAUCUGAAUACAAAGGAACACCUGACUACAAAAAUGAAAGAUGACCUCUGA